ACAGGUGAGAAGCUAUUUUCUUGCUCUGAGUGCGGGAAAUGUUUUACACGGAAAUCAGAUCUUGUUGGACAUUACAGAAGUCACACAGGUGAGAAGCCAUUUUUUUGCUCUGAAUGUGGGAAAUGUUUUACAUACAAAUCAGAUCUUGUUAUACAUCAGAGAAGUCACACAGGUGAGAAGCCAUUUUCUUGCUCUGAGUGCGGGAAAUGUUUUACACAGAAAUCACAUCUUGUUACACAUCAGCAAAGUCACACAGAUGAGAAGGCAUUUCCAUGUUCUGAGUGUGGGAAAUAUUUUGCACACAAAUCAGAUCUUGUUAUACAUUACAGAAGUCACACAGGUGAGAAGCUGUUUUCUUGCUCUGAGUGCGGGAAAUGUUUUACACGGAAAUCAGAUCUUGUUGGACAUCACAGAAGUCACACAGGUGAGAAACCAUUUCCAUGUUCUGAGUGUGGGAAAUGUUUUACACGGAAAUCAGAUCUUGUUAUACAUCACAGAAGUCACACAGGUGAGAAACCAUUUCCAUGUUCUGAGUGUGGGAAAUGUUUUACACACAAAUCACAUCUUGUUACACAUCAGAGAAGUCACACACGUGAGAAGCCAUUUCCAUGUUCUGAGUGUGGGAAAUGUUUUGCACACAAAUCAUAUCUUGUUAUACAUCACAGAAGUCACACAGGUGAGAAGCCAUUUUCUUGCUCUGAGUGCGGGAAAUGUUUUACAAGGAAAUCAGAUCUUGCUAGACAUCACAGAAGUCACACAGGUGAGAAGGCAUUUCCAUGUUCUGAGUGCGGAAAAUGUUUUACACAAAACUCACAUCUUGUUAAACAUCAGCGAACUCACACAGGUAAGAGGCCAUUUCUAUACUCUGAGAAAUAAAUCAGCUCUUGUUGCACACAAUAGAUAUCACUCAGGUGAGGAACCAUUUUAAUCUGGAGUAUUCUCAUCAUUGCCAUGCGUUGUUCUUCAAGGUUCCUAUCCUAUCUCCUAUGCUUUUUGCAACAUACAUGUUACCA